UUCCAUGCAGAGAAGAGCUGGGCGCCCUCAAAAGGAUGUUGAUAAGGGAACUAUUGAAUUAUACAUGGAGAUGAAUCUUUCAAAUGCCAAAAUUGCUGAACUAUGUGGGCUUUCAAGAUCUGCAAUGUAUAGGAAAAUGCAGAAUCUGAAUAUUUCCUAUACAAAUCGCCACAGUGAUGUUGACAAUGACACACUGGACAACAUAGUUCAUGAUAUAAAAAUUAAUCAUCCAAAUUGUGGGGAAGUGAUGAUAAUGGGACAUUUGAGGGCYCGAGGACUGAACAUACAGCGAAAAAAAGGAAGGGGUUCUAUCAUGAGAGUUGAUCCACAAGGUGCAGAUCAAAGGAGGUCUAUGAGAAUACACAGGAGGUCAUAUUUUGUUCCCUGUCCCAAUUAUCUAUGGCACAUUGAUGGAAAUCACAAGCUCAUACGAUGGGGCUUUGUGGUACACACAGCAAUUGACGGUUUCAGCAGAUUCRUUAUGUUUUGCAAAUGUAGUGACAACAAUAGAUCAGAAACUGUCUUCAGCCUAUUUCAAGAUGCGAUUAAUCAGUAUGGCCGACCACUUAAAGUAAGAACUGAUAAAGGGGGAGAAAAUGUAUCUGUGUGGCGCAAUAUGAUACAGUUUUCACCUGCAGCAGUGAUGGCAGGAUUAACUGGAGGUUCCAUACACAAUCAAAGAGUUGAACGGUUCAAUCGUGAUUUGAACAUACAUUGCGAACARGUGAUCAAACCAGAAUUGUAUGCAUUAGAAAGCCAAGGWAUUCUGGAUCCAUCUAAUGACACAGACUUGUUUUGCCUCCAUUAUGCUUACCUUCCAAGAAUCAACAAACUWUUGGGUGAAUUUGUGAAUGCUCAUAACCACCAUUCAAUUUCAACUGAGCACAGUUUGUCUCCUACUCAGCUUUUUGUUUCAAAUCAACAUUUGCUUCCAUUGCAUAGUAUUUUUCCUCAAGUUGUAAAUGMCAAUCCAAGUACUGUUCCCUCUAACCCAAACAUUGUUGUUGUUCCAGAGAUCACUAACCCUUUAAAUACUCAGCRGUUUCAAAUUCUCKGCCAGCAAAUUAAUCCUCUUGCAAGCAAUUUGUUGCGACCUCAAUUGUAUAGGCAAGUUGUUGAAUAUGUCGGUAAUGCUUUACUAAAUUAGGCAUAAAAGAUGAAACAGUAACAAAAGUUUAGACUUUAUUUAAAAAAAUAUAAACAUACAUUCAAAUGAAGCCUUCUAGACAAUUCAUGGUGAAUAUUAACCUCAGUUGAAGUGUUACUUGUAGGCACACCCUAGGAGACAUUUCUUGUUUUGUCAAUUAAAACACAACAAAGGUCAUAACUUUCUAAACAUUUCUAGAAUUUAGACCCAGMAUGACAAGAAUACACUGAACAUUUUUCAUAGUGCUUACAAUUUAUCUGUGAAAUAAUACCUAUGUUCCAGUUGAGUGAUAGUGACUAAUAUGAAAUAAAAAACUGUAGGGAAUAACUUUUGAGAUUUGUUUCAUAUAAUUAUGGUUAGCACUCUGCAAAUUCGCAUACUGUAAAUACCGUAAAUCUUUUUCCUAUAGCCACUAURACGGUUUUUAUUUUGUCAAUUAGCCAUGCAGUC